AUGACUUCCACUCUAGCCCAGUGUGGUUCUCCCGUACUAUCUAUCGAUACCAGCGAAGACGACUGGGUUUGGGAAGGUAGCCAACAAGAGAAGGGGUCUGGUGAACAUGACACUGUUCGGGCAAGUCCACCUCCUGUUCCACCAAAGACGGAAGCUCGAUGCCCUGACCAACCUUCGUUACAUAUGGGAAACGAAGCGGUCUCUGUGAAACCAAAGCUCCAUGGGGCGCAUCAUCGCCGAACCCCCGCAAAUACAAACAUCAAGAUCCCGAAUAAUAAUGAUGUGGCUCUGCCGAAGCAGGACGUGCCCCUGGACGGGGCAAAAGCAGAUAUAGACGCUGGGAUUCUUUCACCUAACCCAAUCUCACCAGCACAUCAGCUGAGGGUCACAAACAGCAUUCCGCAGUUGAUGAAGGCUUUGCCACCGUUACCUGACGAAGCACAACGCAAUUCCGAUCCCCAUUGUUGGAGCUCGUCUAGACAUACCGCAGCCCACGCAUAUAAGAUGUAUGCCAGUAGUCCUGCCAAUAAUGCUAUUCGCCUGGAGUCUAAAGUAGGUGCGGAUACGAUAUGUUCAAAACCAGUAUCAAGAACCAAUGACUCGACAAAGCCAUCUUACCAUCCAACCCAGUCCAAUCCCUCUCGGUUCAAAGUUCGUCUAAGAUCGUCUCAGUCAAGGCUUCAGAGCAAAUGGAGCCUUGACUCUCCGGGCAUUCCUGAGAGAAGCUCCAGUAAUCCUAUCAAGCCAAGACUAAGACUCAAAGUGUCUCGAAGUCGAAUGAGCAAUAAGCUAAUGGGCCCUGAUGGAACAAUUGUGCGCAACAGCCCUCUAAAACAGUAUAGCUCUCUCCUAGAGUUGAAGAACUUUCCUCACAGAGACGCUUUUACGGAUCGAUCCAGCUUUAGAGAAGCACUGGAAGAGCAACUUGCACAGUUUGGUGUUGAUAAGCGACUCUCUAGUAUCGACGAGGGAACUAUUCGAGGACCUUCGCGACAGCUGUCUGACCAGUUUGAUAUUCCUUAUCCCCCUUCAACUAAGGGUAUAGUAACGGCGGAACUAGUGAGUCAACCAAAGUUUGAUAGCGGGCUUGGAAUAUUCGACAGAUGGGACUUUGACAAAACACUAUAUUCAGGGAAGAACUUCGUAAGGAAGAAUUUUGAGAGAACUCUCUAUCCAAAGCCCAUGAGUAACAAGUCGUCUUUCCUUCGACACCGGGCUUCGCCGACGAACGGACGGAACAGGCCAAGGGGCCCGGCCAACCUCAGCGACCCUACACCGUUACGGUCUGAGAUUACUCAGGGCAGCUCUUUUGAAGAUUCUAUGCUGACACCGAGCGUAAUUUUGUCACAGAGAAUACGCAAUAGAACACGGCGAGUGAAGCGCUGGGCAGUAGAGGCAAAACGGGCAGUCCAAGCUUUAAUGCGACGAACACUAAGCCGAUCUCCGUAUUCGAAUUCUGGAGGAUAA